GCGCCCUGCCGAGUUUAUUAUAAACACCGCGCGAACCGCGACGCGCUGUCAGACGGAGCGCGAGCGCAGAGCGAACCGCAGCAGCGCGAGGAGGAACUCUGAGCAGACGCACAGAGAGAAGGAAACAGCUGGAUUAUCAAGAGAAACGGUCGGGUGGCAGAGAGGUAUAAAAAAGUGACGAGCUCGGCAGAGUUCUGGAGACUCUGCGAGGAAGCUCUGGUGUGAACCGCAUCCAGACGCACGUGAAGCUGCAGCCCGGUGCUUGCACCGGCUGACCUCCAUGUAUAAAAUGGAUUACUCCUACCUGAACUCCUAUGACUCCUGCAUGGCGGCCAUGGAAGCGUCGGCUUACGCGGACUUCAGUUCCUGCAGCCAGGCCAGCUCGUUCCAGUACAACCCGAUCCGGAGCGGUCCGUUCUCCAACCCGGGCUGCACCCCGCUCAGCACGGCCAGCUGCACUCUGGGAGCUCUGCGGGAGCACCAGCCCACCCCCUACUCCUCAGUCCCAUACAAGUUUUUCUCGGAUCCUUCCGGCCUGAACGAGAAGCGGAAGCAGCGGCGCAUCCGGACCACCUUCACCAGCUCCCAGCUGAAGGAGCUGGAGCGGGUCUUCGCGGAGACUCACUACCCGGACAUCUACACCCGAGAGGAGCUGGCGCUGAAGAUAGACCUGACCGAGGCCCGUGUACAGGUGUGGUUUCAGAACAGACGCGCCAAAUUCCGUAAGCAGGAGCGCGCGGCCAACGCCAAAGCCAACAGCUCCGGUGGCACCACAGGAACCAACAGCAGCAGCAGCUCUGGGGGGAAGAAGGGUGGAGAGACCAGAUCUUCAUCAGACGAUGAUGAGUCCAAAGAGUCCACCUGCAGCCCCACACCUGACAGCACAGCUUCACUGCCAGGCUCGGCCAAUGGGAACCUGGGGAGUCCUGCAAGCCUUAGCCCCAGCCCAGCUCCUACCAACAGCGGUUACAUCAACGCCUCCAGUUCUCCGGUGCUCCAGGGGCUGAAGCCACCCAGCUGGUCCAGCUUGGGCCCAUCCAACCCAGUGGUGGCCCAGCCGGCUGCCCAGACCCAGGAAAUCCUGAAGGCCUGGCAGCCGGCGGACAGUAUGACGGGGCCUUUUGCUGGAGUUCUGUCUUCCUUCCACAGAAAACCCAACCCAGCCAUCAAAACAAAUAUGUUCUGAGAGGAGGAGAGGAACGGGGAGGAUGUGGAACAGAGGGGAGCUUUUAGCUGGAGAGUUACCAGGUCAGAGGCUCCAGAUGUUCUGUCAAAGCUGCAGAUCAUACUCACAGGUCUGGACUUGUCUCACAGAGUUCUCCUACAGGUUCUGUUUGGACCAGAGCAGCUCUUUCCAAUAAAACGCCAAAACUCAACAGACUGACCUUAUUUUCUGCAUCUUUGUUGCACACCCCCAUUCCACCACAGCAGCUCUGAUGAACAUGGAGGUCAGGUAGAACUUUUAAAGUAGAAAUCCAAACACGAGACUGCUGAGGAAACAAAGCAAAGCCUUCCCCUCAAGCACAACCCCUCUGACUCAAGAGUUCCACCAGAACAAACCGGGUCCCCCUUAAGUCUCUUUGCCAAGUGGAGAAAAGGUUCCUCCAAAUCCAAUUAGAGCAGCCGGGUCCAGACCAGACACCUCGCUCUGAAGAACAGAAGCCACUUUGUUAAAACCAGAAUCAAGAUGGAGAACUGGAGGUGUUUGACCCCAUCUGCUGCAGCUCUGCUGGAGGACUGGAUGAAUCAGACAGAUUUAUGAGUUUAAUUCUCAACAACUCCUUUAGGUUCUGCUCGCUUCUUCACUUACUCAUCUUGACUUUUUUUUUUUUGUAAAAGACAAAGACUUUUAUGUUUGCUCUGAACCACCAUCAGAAAUCUGCUCAAAACGGACAACAACAUGUAUUUAUUAAUAUUUUGAAGCUGGAGUAUUUCUUUGAAAUGCAUCAGAAAAAGUGGAGUGGCUGUAAAUUCUGUAAUUAGUAAUAUAAAUAUUAGGUAGUUGUUUUUUUUGGGGCUUCAGAUCUAUUUCAUUGCAGAGCAUCUGUCUUUCACAGCUCUGGGGAAUGAGAAGUUAUAGCACUACUCUGAAUACUCUAAUAAAUCUACACUAUGAAGGCACUACCCGACACCUCUGCUGUGAGUCUCUGCUUCAUCUCAAACUUUCUCUGCAAAUGAAAAAAAAAAUCAAUGCGAAGAUUAGAUUUUAAUUGAAAAAACAAAUACAGGAGUGACUUAACACAACUACAGCAGAAGACUACAUAACAACGGCAAGUCUCUUUGUUUGUCACACAGAAACACACACACACACACACACACACACACACACACACACACACACACACACACACACACACACACACACACACACACACACACACACACA